AUGUUGCGUCGAACCCACGAACAGACUCUUUUCGGCCUUCCCGUUCUGAAACUUCCCGAUAUAGAUGAAAGUACGAUCACCGUACAAUUCAGCCGCGUGGAGAAAUUUCUAUACCGGGAAAUCAUCAAGUUUAUGAUGAGCUCCUACAUCCUCGGUGAUGAUGAUCAGUUUUGUUUGUCUCAAACCCACAAUGGAAAAUGGCCGCUGCUUCUCAAGCUUCGCAUGUUCACAAGCCAUUUGCUCCUGUCUCAGAAAGUGCUGCAAGAUAUAUUAACAGACAACCUGAUGAAAGAGCUACGCUCGUAUGUUGGAGGCGAUGUCCAGGCCGAUGAUCUCAAGAUUAUCCAUCUCUUUGAUAAUCUUCUCUCGGAAAAGCCUCUACCAACUCUUGCUGACGUUUUGGGAGCUAAAAAUGCGGUAGCAAACCCGAGGACUUUAUCGCAGGAGGAUAUCCUCAACAGAUAUAGAACUCUGCUGAAUAGUGCAGAUUGUAGCGCUGACGUGAAGAAAUGUGCACGAUGCAAGUCAUCACCGUACAUUGCCUACAUCGCAUCUUGCAUGCAUAUUUAUUGCCAUGCUUGUAUUACCAUCGUCUGGAGAGAUAGAAACAGAGUCAAGUGCUCAUGCAGUUUAGAAGUUCAUGAGUUCACAUUCUGUGAUGCCAUUCCGGCCCUCUAUCACAGCAUUAUGGAAGGCGAAGAUCCAUGCGACGAUCAGUCUUCUACUAACAAGGCUGGAAGCAAAGAGAAACCCGAGGAAAUGGGCAGCAAGAACUGGACUAGCCUUGCUGGACAUCUGAUGCCAAGCGCCAAAUUGACAUCUGUUCGAUCUUGUGUCGCUGCCUGGCUCGCAAAUGAUCCUGAGACAAAGGUCACUAUUUUUACCCAGUUCCUUGGAAUGGUGGAAAUUCUCAGCUCCAUGUGUGUCGUUGAAGGCUGGGGGCAUACAACGCUUACUGGAAAUGUGCCGCCUUCAGAGAGACACAGGGACAUUGAGGAAUUCCGCACCGAUCCCUCAAUCCGUGUACUGAUUUCUUCUCUCAAAGCGGGAGGAACAGGCUUGAGCCUGACAAUGGCAGAGAAAUGCAUACUGAUUGAUUUGUGGUGGAACGAAGCGAUGGAGCAGCAGGCUUUUUGCCGCCUAUUUAGAUAUGGACAGAAGAAGGAAGUGGAAAUAGUUCGGAUCACAGUCAAAAACAGUAUUGAUGACCGAAUCCAGCUCAUCCAAAAUGCAAAAUCGAGCAAUAUUGAGAAGACGAUGGGCCUGGACGCGCUCGCAUUUAGGGACUCACUUGAAGAUAUUUUGAAAAUCUUUGGAGUGGUCGAGGAUGAUGAUGCGGAGGAUGGAUUCGCUUUUAUAUCGGACGACGAAGCCUGAUGGUAGAGGCUAUUUGGUCUGCAUGUGUAUGGGCACAAAGCACCCUUAACUCCCCUUUGACGUUAUGCCGCUUUCAUACCCUUCAUGCCUCUUUGAUAUACCCCGUCAUAAUUCCCUAUGAUUGGGCUGGUUGCUAUAGAUUCUUAGAGCGUUUGUUUUGUUGCCUGGCGUUUGAAUUGGCUUGGAUGGAGUUUAAUGGAGCUUAGCAAGA